AUGAGCCCAUACCAGAGUGCCAGUGUAAGUGGUGUAAGUGAAGGCCCCAGGGUUGAAAAUUCCAGCAAUGAUACCAGUACCAAAGGUCGCUCCCCCAACUGGUCGGAUGCAGAAAUACGUUUUCUUAUCGAAACCUGGAAGGAUCACCAUCCAAUUAGCAAAAGGCAAAAUUCAGCUGUGUGGGAAUCUAUUGCCAGAGAACUGAAUAGUCUGUUGAGGGAACAGGGACUCACGUCCAUCCGCACGGCAGCCCAGUGCAAGUCCAAGAUCAAGAACCUCGAAGACGAAUACAAACGUGUGAAGGACCACAACAACAAAAGCGGAAACGACCGUGAAUCUUUCACGUAUUAUGAAGAGUUAAACGAGAUGCUGGGCUGCCGAGCCAAAAUUACACCGAAAACCGUUGUUGAAUGUGGUUUCAUAGACGACAACUCCGCCCCGGCGGCAAUUCCUGGACCAUCAUUGGAAGAUUUAUCAGAGUCCGGUGACGACGAGAGCAUCAGGGAUGGAGAGGAGCAGAGCCUUUCGGAGGCGCUUUUUAGGCGUGAACCAGCUGCCAAAAAGGGCAAAAAGCGCUUGGCUACUACGCCGAACUCAUCCAAACAAAAGGGCCCAAAAUCAGCCAAAUCUGCUGAAUCCGGGGAUGAAGACCUGGCAUUUUCCGAGUCACUUUUCUUCAAGAAUAAACGUGGAAGCGAUGGAAACCAGAAGGGUAAGAAGGCUAGUUCAUCAACCCAGCCUCCAGCUAAAAGGUCCAGAAAAACGGAAUCUAGUGGCAACGCAGAAUAUUUUGCCUUCUUAAAUGAGAGCCAAAAACGCGACCACGAAUUUUUUGAAAAGCUGGCUGAAAAGGAAGCGGAGAGGGAAAUGAAAAGUCAGCAAAUGAUGUUCUCCAUGGUGAAAGAGGUCGCAAAAAUCUUUAAGGGAGAGUAA